UUUCCAGGUCAGCAGCUGUCUGAUCUACUCACUCGAUCUACCGGGGGGUGGUGCAUUUAUUCCCUUAUUGCAUUAAAGAUGUAAAUACUCUGACAGGCAUGUCAGUUCAUGAACUGAAAGUUGCAAAAAACGACACGGCAGAUGCACACAAUUAGCCCCUUAAGCUAAUGCUAGUGGGUUAGCUGGUCUCUCUGCGCUGAAUUAUCAAACUUCCAGACAACUCAUUGGUGCGUUUCCAUCGGAUUGUCAGAUGCGUGGCUCUAGGGACGUUGUUGGUCUUGUUUGGAGGCACCCUUACAUCCACAGCACCUCCCUGGCCCCCCUGUUUGGCUGUCCUUGACCAGGAGCGUGGAUGUCCUCCAGGGUAGAGACCCCAGCAGUGCCCAUCCACAUCCCUACAACUUCUUUACAAGAUUGUAUGUUUGAGGGAUGGGUUCUGAGAACUCGGACCACUUUGGACCGGCGGUAGUCCUUGUUGACGAAGAUGAGCAGGAAGUAGGAGGCCUGAUCAACUCUGACGGCGAGGAAGUGGAGUUCUCUGAAAUCAGAGGGAACGCCACCCUGGGCGUUGUACCCGCAGAGGCUCCGUCCAAGAAACUGCUUCAGAGUGAGAACGAGAAGCUGCCAUCCCUCCACCGCUGCUCGGUCUGUGGGAAAGACUUCCCUUACGCCUCCAAGCUUCAGCGGCAUCUGCGCACUCACUCGGGCGAGAGGCCUUUCCCCUGCUCAAUGUGCGAGAAGAGAUUUCCAGAGAAGGGGCUCCUCAUGAUUCACCAGCGGGUCCACACCGGCGAGAAGCCGUUCCCGUGCUCUUUCUGCGAGAAGCGGUUCGCCAGCCAGGGGGAGCUGCGGCUCCACCGGCGGACUCACACGGGCGAGAGGCCCUAUCACUGCUCCAUCUGCCUGAAGAGCUUCUCUCGCCACUGGCACCUGAAAACCCACCUGGAGGCCAUGCACUGUGAGGUCGUGGCGGGCUUCACCAGGAAGAAGUUUCCCUGCUCAGACUGCGAGAAGAGCUGCAACUCGGCAGCCGAGCUGAGGGACCACCAGAGGACUCACACCGGAGAGAGGCCCUUCCAGUGCUCGUUCUGCGACAAGCGAUUCGCCCUGUCGGGAACGCUCGUGAGGCACGAACGUCUCCAUACCGGCAUCACGCCCUACCACUGCGCAGACUGCGGCAAGACCUUCGCGCAGCAGUGGACGCUCACCACGCACAUGAGGACUCACAGGGGAGAGAAGCCCUACAGCUGCACCCGGUGCGAGAAAUCCUUCGUCGCUCCCGGGGAGCUCCGCCGGCACACCAGGAUCCACACGGGAGAGAAGCCGUACACCUGCAGCGACUGCGGACGGCACUUCUCACUGGCGGGGACUCUCAGAAAUCACAGGCGGUCGUGUGCGCAGAGCAAGAGCGGCUCUGUCACGGACGUCAACUCAGGCGUGACGCAAGCUUCGACAGAUGAAUCGUCCCUGGAGGACCAGGCCAGUGCCGUUAGCUGUGAGGUGCCUAAAAGCCAGACCCCUGCAGAUGCAGCUGAGCCCCUUCCCUGCGUCACGUCACCUCAGCCAGAAGUUAUCCCGGAAGAAACGGAAGAGCCUUCGGAGGACCACAUUUCCACAUCUCACAUGAAUGUAAUAGUGAAAGAGGAAGAAGAGGAGGAACCAUUAUACGAGGAAACUCCAGACCAGGCGUCGGACGGGAAGGACCGUAAGACUCCAGAGGAAAAUGACGAGCAGCAUCAGCAAACCAACACAGAGAUUAGGAUUGCAGUAAAGGACGAAGAGGAGGGGCGAGUAAACGAAAAUCCUGACGCUGAUGAAGACGGUGGAAAACUCAACAAUGGAACAUCACCUGUAGAAAAGCGGAGGAGGAACGAUUCAAAAAAGGGCUCCUACUGCUGUGGGCUCUGUGGAAGAGACUGCCACAAGAUGUCAGCACUUCAGAUCCACAUGCGAAUUCACUCGGGAGAAAAACCCUACCAGUGCUCCCUCUGUGGGAAACAGUUUACUCAGAAAGGCCAACUAAAGGGUCACUUUAAAGUCCACACAGGUGAAAAGCCAUAUUCCUGUCCAGACUGCGGCAAGAGCUUCGCCCACUCGGGGGCCAUGAACAGACACAGGCUCACCCACACAGGCGAGAAGCCGUACCACUGCUCCGUCUGCGACCGGAGCUUCAAUCAGUCCGGUCGAUUGAGAGAACACCAAAAAAUCCACCUGGGGGAGAAGUUUGACUGUCCCGAGUGUGACAAGAGCUUCACGCGCGCCUCAAGCCUCAAAAACCACGUCAGGCUGCACACCGGCGAGAGGCCGUAUGGCUGCGACAUCUGCGGGAGAGGCUUCAGCCGCUCACAGAGCCUCAGGCUCCACAGGAGGAAACACUUUGAGACCGAGAAAGGGUCCCCGGACACUCUGAAGAACGACGACCUCUACGAGAGCGACAGUGACUCCCCGAUUAAUAUGUGCAUAAUAGACAAAAAUGACUGAUCUAUUUAUUUAACCGCAUAUACAUUAGUAGUGUUAGUGCAAGAUACAAGGCUGUACAAUAAACUGAGAAAGGGGAAAGUAGGGACUUCUGUGAAUUCACAAUUACCUGUCUGUGAUGCGUCUAUAUAAAAAGGUAUUUAAAAACCAAAAUAUUUAUCUCUGAACUGUACAAACAGCCUGACGAAGAGAAACACACCUGAGACCUGUACUGCAUAGCAGGAUUAGUGGCGGAUAAGGGGAACCUCUGGCUCAGUUAGGGAUUUUUCUUCUUAACCCGGGUUCAUUAGUGCAGGAAGUUUACACUGAUGGAGGUUAAAGCUCCAGAUUAGAGAUCAACACCCAUGAAAGCAUCGCCUCUCGUCCACGGAACGCACUUUAAAUAUAAAAUAAAAAUAGAAAACACAGUGGUGCUCUUCUCCUCCUGUUGUCUUUGACCUUCAUUAAAAAAACCUUAACCUUCAUAACAGGUAGUUCAGUGGAAAUAUAACUUAUAGACACUAAUUUAAUGAAAUUUUCCUAAAGUUUUAUUUCUUUCAGAAUUUUAGAAUUAAAAAUGGAUGUUUAUAAUCACUGUGAUCUUUAAAACAAAAACACACUGUGUGAAAGGGAAAAAUAAAAGGUAGAUCGGGUUGUUAUUUUUUAUUUACAGUCAUUCUAAAGUUGCCUUUUUAAAAGAACUAUAACACACAAAAUGUGCUGCAGAUUUUUUUAUAAAGAUAGCUUAGAAUCCAGCAGUGAAUAAAGGAAAACAAAAACAUUCACUGAAACAUAUCUCUCUAAACUUUCAAAUUUUUAGUGAACUAUAAGUAAAGUGCAUUAACCUACAUAUUGUAGGUUAAUGCAAAAACAUAAAUUUUAGUAAUUGACCUGCUGGCCACAGAUCAAAGGGAAAUUGGCUGUUUUAAGGGUGCAUCUCCUCGAAGAAGCUGAGAGUUUUAAGUGUUUAUUCUGUAAUGCUGGCUUUGAGCUACAUUUUCCUUAAAGUCCGUCCAAACUGUGCAAAGAUGUAACUGCAGCAGUCAGAUUUACAGCAUCUGUAAUCAGCUGUAGUUAAAAUCUGAAGCAGAAUAGAAAGUUCCUCCAAAUCCUUUCGGAAAAUUAUAACAAAGACGAUUAAUAACCUGUGGAGCUAGGUUUUUUUUUUUUUUGUUUUUGUUUUUUUAAUAUUGUACUGCUGUAGAAAUACUGUAAAACAUUCUAACAUAAAUUGUGUAAAACCCUAAGAUGUAACAUUAACACAAGGAGUUAUUUGUGUCUUCAAAGAUGGCAGAGAGCAGCGGUCUCUGAUUUGAAACCUGUUCCAGCAUAAUUAUAGCGCACACUCUCCACAAACCGCCACCAUUUGGGUUCAGACCAAAACCAAAAUGGCUACCUCCCUGACAGGGUGGUUCUCUAAAGUUAAUUUCUAACCAAAUAAUCUGUUUUUCACCCUGGUAGAUGGUCUGUGACUGAAGGCGGAUAAAGAAUGACCCAAGAAAAUUACCCCGGUGUCUGCAAUACAUUGCUGAAUUUGAGACUUGCCUAUUCGCCAACUGAACUGAAAUGUAUGUAUUUGUUGCUUCUAUAGAGCCAAGAGCUAAAAUCAUUUAAUUAUUUGCAUCAGAGUACAACAAAAUUAUAUCAGUGUUGUUAUGACUGGUUUAGCCAGACCCCUAAAGACGCGUCAAACCAGCUUUAUAGUACAGGCCUCAGGCACAGUUGUGUUCAAAAUAAUAGCAAGGUGUUUUAUACACGGAGGGGAGCUCAAAAUCCUUAUAACAGCUUGUAUUUACGUUUGCUUGUUCUAUUAGUAAAAAUUCGAAAUUGAAGAAAAGUUGGUCAACCAACAAAAUGUCUGAAGAUUUAGGUUUCCUCUGAAUCUGGACUAACGUUGAGUAUUAUGAUAUUAAGUUGUAGAGCCCGCUGUCUUUGAGAAAGGCUUCAGUUCUGGUCGACCGACUGGAACCUGUGAACGGGUGUUGCAGCGCAUGAUUAGACUACAUUUCACAAUGUCUCUGCAGUGCUUAGUUUUGCCUCCGAGAUGGUAUGUUUGACGUCACCGCACAGGUUUUCAUUCAGAUUAAGGUCCAGAAACUGGGCUGGCCUUUCCGUAACGUUAAUUUGGUUGGGUGAACCAAGCUAAUGGUCACUGGUGUGUUUGGGGCUGCUGUGCUGUUAAAACAGCCAUCUUGAGGCAAUUUUCAUCUUUCUCAAUGAAAAAAAAACAACAACAAAUUACCCAUUUUUAUGUUUUCAAAACGAUCAAUAAUCUCUUAUAUGUGAUGCUUAGGUGUGACCUCAUAGAAUAACUUUACAUGGCCCUAGCAUGAUACCUGAACCACUGGGGUUCAGUGUACUGUGACUUGAAUUCAGUGUUUGAGGGUCGUCUGAACUGUCCACAGACUUGGAUCCAUAAUGAUCGCUGUUGUCCACAGAAACUGAUUCACCGAUGUACUUUAGGCCAGUCAGUAUGUUUGAGUUAAUUAUUCAACUACACAGUAUAAAAUAAAAUAAAACUAUAAGCAUGCUCGUCACAUACAUAGGUUCUAUUGGUCUUCCAUUAAUCUACAAAUACAUUUUUUUCAUGUCAAAGUACCAAUUCUACCAAAAGCUGUGUCUCAUCUGGUUAGUGAUGAAAGACGGCUAUUAUUUUGAACACAACUGUAACAAUCUGCAACUAACAUGUUAAAAACACUCAGCAAACGAAGGUUUUAUGUAUCCGCAACAACCUUAGCAAACUGUUAUUCAGAUUUAUAUUCUCCUGUUACAUAUGUUUGUGUAUUUGACUAGCCUUUAGAGUGGUAGCACAAAUUGAGGUCAGUUAUUUCUCUUUGUCUUGACAAUAUAAUCAAUUUUGAUUGUGAACAUGGAACAUAUAAGUAUGUUUGUUGGGUCUUACGGUGGCCAAAAAGGUCGACAACUUUGAAAGGUUUUAAUACACUGUUGAUCAAACACGUGUAGAAGGUGCUAUAUAUUUUUUAUCCUUCAUUAUUUAAUUUACUUUAUUUUUAAGAAAAUACGUCUUUACAAGAGGUAUCUUGAAAAUUGUCAAACGGCACUGAAAGAACACAGUUUCCAUAAUGUCUGAACUGAUUAAAAUUCAUGAGUCUGGGUGUGUUUGUAAUUUAAUCCUAAUAACUGAACAAAACAAAAGACUGUAAAAUGUGUCAGGUACUUGAAAAUAACAUUGAAACAAUUUUGUGAACUGGGUCCAAUUUGUUUUGUAAAGUAGAUUCAUUUGUUAAAAAGUUAAAAGCAAUCAUACAACAAUUAGGAGAGAAAAAAAAAAACUAAACCAAAAGGAUGCAUCAUCCAAAGAGAAAAUUAUUUUAUGCUGUGCUGAUGGUGGGUAUUGCUCAGUCUGCCUGUCUAGCUGUAUGAGAUGUUUUCUGCCUUACAAUAAAAGUACUUAACAUUG